AUGUACGGCUUAUCAUUGGGGGAAACCGAUGAUGAGGAGGACUUCUCCGCUGACAGUGGAUGGAUUCCAUGGUUUUGUGCACUAAAAGGGCACGAGCUUUUUGCAGAGGUGGAAGAGGAAUACGUUCGGGACAACUUCAACCUGUACGGCUUAAGGCAGCGAUUCCAGUUCUACGAGCACGCGCUUGAGAUGAUUUUGUCCUCCGAGGCACCGGAGGAUGAUGAUCUCGCGGACUCCGAGUUCCUGGAGAUCUACAGGGAUGCCAGUGACCUCUAUGGUUUGAUCCAUGCCCGGUACAUCGUUUCUCCACGGGGUCUUCAGGCCAUGCGUGAGAAGUACCUCAAAGGGGUCUUCGGAACCUGCCCAAGAGUGCUUUGUGACCGACAACACACACUGCCCAUGGGUCUCUCCGAGGAACUCCGUGCAGCACAGGUCAAGAUCUUUUGUCCCAAAUGUGAACAGGUGGGACCCGGUGGGACUUGCUCGGUUUGA